AUGGCACAUAUUCAGCUCCAAAUUUUAUCUGAUCUCCAUCUAGAGUCGCCGGCUGCAUACGAUAUUUUUAACAUCAGUCCAAAGGCGCCGUUCUUAGCGUUACUGGGAGAUGUCGGCUACGUCAAGGAUGAGGGGUUUUUCCGUUUUCUUCGCAAGCAGCUGGUGAUCUUCCGUAUUGUUUUCCUGGUCUUAGGCAACCAUGAAGCCUAUCAUAGCAAUUGGGCUAAGACCAAGUUGGACGUGAAACGCUUCAUACACAGUAUUGGUGAUUCCCCUUGCAAGAGCGAGACGCUUGGCAAGCUUGUCCUGCUCGACCGAUCACGCUACGACAUUUCACCAACGCUCACCAUACUUGGAUGCACACUUUUCUCGCGCAUUGUCAAUGAGCAGGCGGAAAGUGUUAGUUUUGGCUUAAACGAUUUCUACCACAUUAGUGAUUGGUCAAUUAAAGCACAUCAGGAAGCGCACAUUGCCGACCUUGCCUGGCUGAAUGGAGAAAUCAGUUCAAUAUCUCGGCUGGAGCCAGAUAGGCGUGUCAUUGUUUUGACUCAUUACAGCCCCUCGACACACGAAAAUGCUGUCGAUCCCAAACAUGGAAACAGUAAUAUUUCAUCUGGAUUUAUGACCGACCUGUCAAGCGAAGACUGCUGGAGGCAUGAGAUUGUUAAACUUUGGGCUUUUGGGCACACGCAUUUUAAUUGUGACUUUCGAGACCCGGUGACCGGAAAAAGGGUGGUAUCAAACCAAAGAGGCUACUAUUUCUCCCAGUCUACAGGUUUUGAAAGCGGGAAGAUCAUCAAGGUUUCAGCUUGGUGA